UGCGACGCGGAGGUUCAGCCCCAAGGGGCCGCCCAGCCCAGGGAGCACCCCGAGGACCCCCGCAAGCGAGAGGCGCCCGAGGCCCCCGCGGAGCUUCCGAGCGCCGGAGGAGCUGAGCAGCAGGCGGAAGAAGAGGAAGAAGUGGGAGAAGGCAGCAGCACCGAGAGCAGCCGCGACGCGGGGAGGGACCCGGAGGGCGGGAACCACGGGGGAACCCGGAGCGGUUACAGAGACAUCGAGAGCCAGGGGGAGGCCCCGCCUCCCGUACAGGUCCCGGCCACGACCCCCACGCUUACCGCGUCCAGGGAGGGCGUGAGAGGGGCGGCGCAGCGGCUUCGAGGGCAGCAGCUGGAGGCCCUGACACGAGUGGCCCUCAUGGAGCAGCGAGUGAAGGAGCUGCAGCGCCAGAGGAAGGAGCUGAGGAUCGAGAUGGAGGUGGAGGUGGCCCUGCUGCGGGGUGAGCUGGCUGGGGAGCGAGUGGCCGCUCGGCGGGAGGAGGAGCAGCUUAGGGAGCUGCUGGAGCAGCGGGUGGACACGGAGCAGGCCGGCCGGGAGCAGCGGGAGCAGGAGCAGAGGCGGCUGAGCCAGGAGCGGGAUCGUGUGGAGCGUCUCCGCCGGAGGCUCCGCGAGGCCCAGGGGCAGCUCAGCUCACAGCCAGAGGACCAGCACGAGCAGCUUCUACAGGGGGUGCAGGAGGUGAAGGAACAGCUGGAUGUGGCCCAGCGUGCCUACGAGGACCUGGAGUUCCAGCAGCUGGAGCGGGAGAGCCGGCGGGAGGAGGAGGACCGGGACAGCCCUGGGGCUCGGGUCCCGGACCCCAAGGUCCAGGAACUGCAGGCGAGCAUGGCGCAGCACAAGCGCCGGAUCCAGGUCUUGGAAGAACAGCUCAAGUCCCUGGGGGAACAGAUGGCAGCUGAGAGCCGGGGCCUGAGCCGGAAGAAGGAGGAGGCCUUUCAGGCCCUGACGCAGGAACGGAGCCGGCUGCUGCAGCUUAACCGCCUUCAGGGAAGCGCUGAUGGAGAGUUCUCGGAUCCCACCCAGACCCUCACUAAACUCCUGUUCACCCAGAAGACAGACCGCCAGUUGCUGGUGCUGCAGGACCCUGCUGCCCACACGGCCGCCUCCACCUCCUCCUGCCUCUUCUCUGUGCACAGCUCCCUCCAGGGCUCCAUCGGCCUCCAGAGGACUGGAAGCCUGUCCAGGAAGAGGGGAGAGAGACUGAGCCAGAGGGGAUCCCCCCGACCUCUGUCCCUCCAUUGUACUGGACCCCUGGAGGCCUCGGCCCUCCCACCAGCAGCAGGAGACUCUGAGAGACACCCCCUCUAUCAGCUGCUGAACUGUGGCUCCGGAAAUAGCUGUGGGGCCGUCCACCCAGACAUCGCCCGCAUGGAGCGGCUCCUGCAGCAGGCUGUGGCUGAGCGGGAGCGGCUGCUCAAGGCCAGGGAAGGGACAAGAAGGAGCACAGAAGGUUCCUCAGGCCCCGCCGUUCCUGCCAUCAUGGCCCCGCCCACACCCAUGCCCCCACACUGCUGUCCUGGCCCCCGGGUCCUGGAUCUCCGGCAGCACCUGGAACGCUGGGGCCACAACCCCGAAAGCUGCCCGCACGUCCAUGUGUCCGGGGGCUUCUGCCGCGGGCCCCUGGUGAAGAUGGGUGGUCGCAUCAAGACCUGGAGGAAGCGGUGGUUCUGCUUUGACCGCCAGGCCCGCCGCCUGGCCUACUACGCGGACAAGGAAGAGUCCAAGCUCAAAGGCGUCAUCUACUUCCAGGCCAUCGAGGAAGUCUAUUAUGACCACCUACGCUGUGCCUUCAAGAGCCCCAACCCUCGCCUGACGUUCUGCGUCAAAACCUACGAACGCCUUUUCUACAUGGUGGCGCCGAGCCCCGAGGCCAUGCGCAUCUGGAUGGACGUCAUCGUGACUGCGGCUGAUGAGAACCACGCCCCCUGAGUGGCCCCACCCUUUAGGGGGACGUCCCUGCGGGGCCCCGCCCACGGCUGCGAGGCCCCGCCCAUUGCUCAACGACGGGGCCCUCCCCUUGGAACUCUCCCGGGAAUUCUGCAGGCACCGCGGCUCGGCUGGCCUGAGCCUCGCAUUCCUGGGCUGCAGGUGCCUUCUCGCUCCGGGAAGCCAGCCCUUGAGGCCUGCACGGGAGGAAGAGUGCGGGGGCGGGAAGGAAUUAUUUAUUGGUGCUCCUGAGAUACCCAAUUAAACGUGAAGGAAAAACUAGUUGCUGUGGUUUCCAGUCCAGGCGUGUGGGGCCCCUUGGCCCUUAGGCAGGACAUCUGAGUUAUGGGUACUCUGAGAGCCAAGUGUCCCACAACUCGUUCUCUCCUCCUUAAGAAAAAGGGCCGUGGAGUCUAAGGUCACCGCUGGAAGAUGGGGGUGGGGAGGCAUGCAUCCUUAGCCUUCGGCAAUUUUGGUUGUUUAGUUUGCGGGCUCACCUGCCUCCACUUUUUUUUUACUUGACUGGGCUCUUGGCAAUUUCUGGGGGCUCCUACGCUUCUGCGCUCCGGGCCUUGGCACGUGUUAUUCUCUCUGCCCGGCCCGUAACCAGCCGGCCCCUCGCUCUUAGUUUGGAAGUUCUUCCCGACUACCCGGGGCUGAGUCGAGCACCCACCAUUGAGCUCCCCUGUCCCAUCCCUGAACACCCUGGGUCAUCACUGGUGAUGGAUCUAUGUCUUUAUAGACUGGGAGCUCCAUGAGGGCAGAGCCUGGUCACAGCAGUGAGGGCUCUCCUGGUCACUGCCGUGUCCCCAGCACCACCGGACACAUAUCAUUCCAUGCAAAUAAAAAUAAAGCUUCUCUUUUG